AGUAACGACAUUACAACCCCGCCGCUAACCGGACGCCAGCGCCGCCGCCCUAUGAGAGCUCCGCCGCGCCGACGCAGAGCAGCGCCGAGUGCGUCGAGGAGGCGCCGAGCCGCGCGGGAGUCAGCAGCAGCAGCCGCGUCGGCCUGCAGGGUCCAGCAUCACCUCCGGGAGGCAGCGGGAGAAGCAGCCCAGAAAUAAACACCGUUUUUUUGUUUUGUUUUUCCCCCCCGGGGUGGGCGGAGCAGACGUCUGGGGAACAGCAUCGAGAUGGCUGAGGUGUCGCAAGAGGAGAGACUCCAGGUCAUCGCUGAGAAGAGGAAGAAGCAAACGGAGAUUGAAAACAAGCGGAGGCAGCUGGAUGAUGACCGACGACAACUGCAGCAUCUUAAGUCCAAGGCGCUGAGAGAGCGCUGGUUGUUAGACGGCGCUCCCGCCGAGGAUGAGACUCUGAAGCGUCUGCAGGAGGAAGAAGUCAAGACCAAAAUCCUGGAGCAGGUCAUCCUGAGGCUGGAGCGUGAGAUCGAAGAACUGGAGACGGGUGUGCCAGCCAACAAGGGCGGGGCCAAAGAAAAUGGAGGCGAGAACGGCGUGGCGCAGACGGCGAAGAGAGAGGCGGCGGGCGUGGAGGCCAAGCUGCUGGGCCCCAGCCCCGAGCAGGCCAGCGCCGACAACCCCGUCACCCUGGUCUUCAUGGGCUACAAGACCGUGGACGAGGAGCAGGCCGGCCGCACGGCGGCGGCGGCGGCGGGCACGGACACGGCCGACGGCGACGUGAAAGCCGAGUUCGUGGUGAUCGAGGACGGCGAGGCCAAGCCGGCGGGGGAGGCGGCCACCCGGGACCAGGCCCCGCCCAACGGCAGCAUGGCGGAGACGGAGAAGGCCAACGGCGGGAAAGAACAGGAGAAGAAACAGACCUGCAAGUGCUGCGCGGUCAUGUGAGCUGUGUGUGUGUGUGUGUGUGUGUGUGUGUGUGUAGUAUUGCAUGUGUGUACGCCAGCUUUGUGUGUGUGUGUGCGCACGAAUGACGCGUGUGUGUCUGUGUCAGGACUGUACGACAACAACAACAACAACAACCGGAGCCAAAACAGCAGCAAGAAACAGGCCAAGAAAGCCUCACAAGUACACACACUUUCUCUGAUACCUUUUUCAUUUCUAUUGAUAUUUUUCUAUUCUUGCCGUCUAUAUUGUAUUCCGUACCUUUUUGUUAUGAUUAUGACUCUUAUUAUCGCGGGGACUGUGUACUGUGGGGCGUGUUGUUAUUGUUGGGAGGGAGAUGUGAGAAAAGAAAGCAAAGGUAAAAAGGGGCAAACCUGGAAACCUAAAAGUCAUCCACACAACAACAGAUGCUUCAAUAUAUAAUAUAUAUAUAUACAUACAUAUAAAUAUAUAUCUCUGUGUAAGCCUAGCAGCUAUUUAUCAGCCGAUUUCAUAUUGUGAUAUUGUCCCGGGAUAUUAUUUUGAAUAGUAUUUUAAUAUAUUGAUAUGAAAUUAUGUUUUAUACACUGUAUUUAUUGUUUGUGUGUACGGUGGGUCCGGGCUUGCGUUUUGCCU